AUGGAUUCUUUACGGUGCUUUUCCAUGAUGACACUGGUGACGCUAGUGAUGUUUGGUGUAUUUAUUCAAUGUGAUAACAGUCUCUACACAAACUCUACCCAAACACUUGCUCGACGGAAAAGGAAUCUUAUUUUUCAUCCCAUUUCCAGAGGAUUCUUUCGAGUGAACAUAAAGGAUGGUGUAGCGGAUAACUCCACGAUCUGGGCACACGGUAUCGGUUUUCGUAUGAACAUAGAAUUCUACAAUCCUCCGGGGCUAAAGAUUACGCGUCGAGAUGUGCAUCAAUCGCUAGAGAGCAUGAUAAUGGCUCAUGGAUUCGAUGGCCGUGCCUGUAUUCUGCGCACCUUUUGCGAAGUGUCGAAAGUGAUGACGCCAAAGAGCGGUAUAUUGUUUAAACUGUUCAAGCUUAUCUUCCGAUCGAAUGCGUCCGGCUCUGAUGACAGUUCCAUCGGUUCUUCAAACAGUUUACCGGAGGGUGACGAUGAGUACUUCCCGUACCUGACAGCGAACGAUUGCAAGGAGCUGGAUCGACACUGUCCCAUUUCGCAGCUCGAUAUGGAUAAGAUGGCCCCACCUGCUGUAUCGGAGGAGGUUACCGCUGAAAGUCGUGCUGGUUACUACUGA